UUCUGGAUACACAAACACGCUCAUAUUGCAUUUGAGACUGACUUGGCUCAUUCUUUGCUCUUGGCAGUGGUUUGGGCCAUGCCGGACCUGAAGAAGUACCUCACAGAGGGCCUGAUCCAAGUAGCUAUUCUUCUCAGUCUGGCUGGGAUGCGUGUGGACGUGGAUCCCUACCUGCCCCCUUUUAGUGAAAUCAUUCUGGGCCCAAAUUCAGCUCUAACUCAGACUCAAUUCCACAAUCUUCGAAACAUCUUGGAUGGAUAUAACCUGCACCCAAAAAGCGUAGAUCUAGAUGGUUUCUUCACAGCUCGCAGGCUUCUCAAUUGGGUUCGCUCCCUAGACCGCCUGCAGGUUCCAGCGGCGGAGUUGGAAGCCUGGUUGGUCCACAGGGAGCCUGACAAUGGAGUCUCCAUUCCAGCUCAAGUGGGUCUCCUUGAGGAAGGUGGAGGACUUGAAGAUGUGGAGGAACCCUCAGAGCUAAGCAUGAGGUUGGGAAAUGGAGGAGAAGUGGGUUAUAAUGUAGCUGAGGAUCAAACCCUCGGAGCUUUAGGGCACAUGUCAAGAAGCCUCAACCAUUCAGAUGAUGAUGAACUCCUUAAAGAGGAGGGAGAUGACAUGUCCUUCUUCUGGGAGCAGGAACCUCAAAAUGUCCACCAGGAGCAGCUGGAACAUGCAAGAACCCAACCUCUCGGCUUGUUUAAUGAGGAAGAAGAGGAGGAGGAUGAGUUUAUGGUAGAUAGCUGGAGAAAUACAAAUCCAUUUCACAACCAAAUGUUUGGAGAGGAUCUACAGUUGUCAAGUGCAAGGGACCACACUUCUCUUUCCAUUGAAGAGUGCUUGCAUCUCAUCAAUGCCAACUUCCCCUCAGAAGGAGAUCCAGAGUUGGCAGGUCCUGAUGUACAGAAUGUAGGAGAACAUGCACUUUCAGAGUUUCAGAGGCCACUCAUGUCACCCUUGUUGCCUGAACAGGAACCCACAACAUUAGAGCAACAAUGGCAAGAUGUUUUGGCCAUCAUGGAAUCACAGGACAUGGAUACAGCCGAAACAAUAGGCGAUUCUUCCUUCAGUAUCAGUGAUUCAGACAGAAAUACUGGAUCAAUGGAAAACUUUAUUCACCAGGAUGUUAGCCUUCACCAAGCCACUCUGCCAAGAUCCACUGAAGCACAAAACAGCGUCACCAUGGAAGAGACGUGUUGCAUUAACAACCACUCCAUGCCAAACAUCAAUUUGGACAAUUCAACUAAUGCAGAAGCUUUUGAAGACUCGGAUAUCAUAGACCUCCUCCUGACUGCUGGCACUAGCCUGCCAAGCCCUAUAGAUCCUCUGCUGGAGAAAGCCAUGCUUGAUGAGAUUGAUCUAAUGGAUUUGGCCCUGGUAGAACUUAGCCAGGCACAGUCUGAAGAGCAAAACCCAGCAGAUUCUGACUCUGGUUUAUCCUUGUACUACAGUCAAAGCCCUGCCUCUCCUAGUGGAUCUGAAUCUUCCAGUUCCUCAUCAUCUUCUUCAUGCUCUUCUUCACUGUCCAGCCCAACCCCUAGUUUGAUGCCCGAGGAAGGUGCUGUGGGCUACACCAAUAUCAAAGAAGAGGAUGAAGCUGUGGGUGAGUACAUGCCAGAACAAAGCAAGAUGUGUCAAUCAAGCUUUUUGGAAGCCAGACAGUUCCAUCGCCUUCCUUGGCUCGAGCACAUCGGACACGAUCAUACCUACAACCAACCUCAAAGCCGGAAGAAACCUCCAAAAGAUCUUUCCGAUGAGUCGCCGAAAAACAAGGUGCUGGAGCAUCUGUCCUGCCGAGAUGAGAAACAUGCACGUUUGCUGAAUCUCCCGUUCUCCAAUGAACACAUCAUAAACUUACCCGUCGAUGAGUUCAAUCGCUUGCUAGCCAAAUAUCAUCUCAAUGAGACUCAGCUUACGCUUAUCAGAGACAUUCGCCGCAGGGGUAAAAACAAAAUGGCUGCUCAGAACUGUCGUCAAAGGAAGCUAGAUGUCCUGCUGGGAUUGGGGGGUAGUGUGGAUAGCCUGCGACGCCUCCGGGCCAAACUGCUCAGGGAAAAGUCUGAGAUCUUGCGCUCCAUCAGGGAGAUGAAGCAGCAUCUUAAUAGCUUGUAUCAAGAGGUUUAUGAGAGACUAAGGGAGGAACAGGGACUGCUGUACUCUGACAACAACUUUACUUUGCAGCAAGACAGCACCAGACCUGUAACAUCACAACGCAGAUCAGAUUCACACUCCAGACGCAAACUUAGCAAGAGACAAAAACACAAGAAGUGAGAUGGAGGACUCACGCUAUGACAAGGCUCAGGAAAAAUGCUCUGUGCUCUGAAGUCCACGUGCUGGUUUUCCACAGUUCAAUGGGAAAUUGCUCCAAGUAGGGUAUUUUUACCCUACUUGGAUAAUGUAUUAUACUUGAUAAUGUAUUAUACUAUGUAGGCACAUAAUACAACUUGACUUAACUUUAGGUUCCACAAAGUUUUGAUAUUAAAGGGCCAUAUCUUGAGUUUCUUUGAUCUUUUAAGCUAAAGGUGUUGAUGUACUCUUAAAAACCUACUGUAAUGGACAGCUAAACCUCAGUUUGUGUGUAAGGCUGAGUCUAGCCGGAGAAAGCACUCAACGCUGUUGUUCAUUUCACAUGUAAACAAGGCACAGCAGCAAAUAACACAUUUCACAGAGAGGGUGAAAAAUUCUCAUUAAAGAAGCCGUUUCACUCAGAUAUACAUCACAAUACGAAAAAAAAAAAAAAGACAAUUACAACUUGUUUCAUGUCCACUUUAAAAACAAAACGGGGCUAUAAGAACAUAAGGAGUAACUGAAAUUGUUCCCAAAAUCAGAAAACCCAAAUAAUCCCAUGUUAGAGCAGCAAAUGGUAAAUUAUGCUUGGAAUCCAAGCACUGAAACAAAGGUUUAAUGCAUUUUAACUACUGCUUACUGGUAUAAUAAAAGUGUUGGUUUGCCAUCUCAUUAUAGGGAACACCUUCAUAAUGUGAGCUUAAUUUUGAGCAGGAUUUACAUUCACUAAAUAGCAGGGUUGUAAGAAUAAGGAUUUUUGACCCACCUUGUUUUGAUUUGUCUUUGUGCAUGAGUCAUCUUAUUAGAGAUUACGUUACUGUAACUCACUGACGAAAUGUUUAAAAUACCAGUUCUGUAUUUGAUUUCAUGUUUUAAAAUACUUUGUAAAUAAUGUAAACUUUUUUUAUAUUCAAUU